AUGGAAGUUCUAGCAAAUGCAGUUCAAAAACUCCAAUGGGAAAUUCGAAGUCUUCUCAGAAUAUCACAAAAAACUGUAGCGCCAGUGCUUUGGUAUCCUUCUGCAAUGACUUCAAUGCACGAACCAAGUCCCGAAUUCCUCUCAAAACUAACUUCUGAAGAAAACAAAAAAGUGGAAAUGAUUCUGAAAGAAUUCGAUCUUUUUUCAAGACUUUCUAAACGUUUCCCAAGUAAACUGAAAGAUUCUGAUUGGAAAACUCUACUGGAAGUGUCAACUAGGAAAGCGAGAUAUGAACAAGCUAUGUUUUUAUAUCGAAAGGAAAUAUUAGAAGCGGAAGAUAUGAAAAAGAAAGGAAAAUUGAGAGAAGGAAGGACGCUGGAAGCUGCGAAUCAAAUUAGAAAUCCGACUUUUAUUAGUCCAUAUUUGCAAACGAAGACACAGGAAUGGAGUCAGUUCCGAAAUGUAGUGGAAGCAUAUCGUCUAGAAAAUCAACCGAUUCUUGCAGUUGACUGUCAAUUCUUAAAUCGUUUGAGCCCAAGAGGUCGAGGAUUGACUGCUCUUCAACUUCAAUACCUUAUUUCUGAAAACCGAAAUAGUCAAAAUCCGUUUCGACUCCAUUUUGUGAACUACAACAAAAAAGAUCCAAAGAUUCGUGAAUUGGAGAAGAAUAAACUACAAUCAUUGGCGAACCCAGAUGUUUUUUGUCCUAUAAUUUCUAAUGAUGGAUUUAAAAAUGUUUUCGAGGCAGAAAUCAUCUACUUAUCUCCUGAUGCUCCAGAAGAACUCGAAUCUGUGGAAAAUAACAAAGUAUAUGUAAUCGGUGGAAUCGUGGAUCGUGUUGUAGAACACGGAAUUCCAAAAAUGGCUUCAUUAGAAGCAGCUCAAUCAGCAAAUGUUCUCGCACGAAAACUACCAAUCGAUCGUUACGUUGAUUUUAAAUCUGGCUCGAAAUUUCUAACUCUCCUCGCUGUGUCAGAAAUUCUUCGUCAAGUCAAUUUACAUGGAGAUUGGAGCAAAGCAAUGGAAGUGGCGAUUCCGAAACGGAACAUACGAGCGGCCGAGGAGAAAAAUCAAAAUGCACGGGCAGCUCAAGCGAGAAUUCAUGAAUUCAAUGCAGAAGUUCUGAGGAGAGUAGAGAAACGAUUAGGAAAGGAUGUUGUUCAAAAGUGA